AUGGUACGCUCCGCACAGAUUGCGGGUCCACACGAGAUUUACUUCACCACCCUCCACGCAAAUGGCAGCCUCGACAUGAACACUGACCAUAUCGUGAUUCCGUUCACUGCCGAGAGCGAUGUCACAACGCCCAUGCAUCUCAGCAUCAGUGACUCAGUCCUCUCUGUGACUCUCAACAAAACGCUUCUGAUUGGAAAGACCUACACGAUAUGGAUUGAGCCUAACUCCUUCACGGAUCAAUCAACGACAUUCAUCUUUGACGUUACAGGUGUGCCUACAAACAUUCCAAGAAAUUUCGCCGGGCUGGCACCCGGUGAUGUUGUCUUCACCGUAGUUGAACCCACCGAUCUCGAGCGAAACCCCUACAAAAAGUCCACGAUUCCGGUCUGGGAUGUGGAGGUUGAGGAAAUCGCUCGUCCAGAGAAGGAGCCGCUGAUGCCUCUGCACUUGGACCACUGCUACAUUGACGUUCCGAACUGCACAGAGCGGAACGAAACCAAUGGGAGCAAUACGAGCAACUGCACGAACUUUGAGAACGUCUCUGUGCUCAGUAUCUGCAGCCUGACCCCUCGUUCUGGUAUGGGCUUUGCCGAAGUGAGGGAGAGAGAGAUGUGGCUACAGCCAUGGCACUGGCUGCGUGCCACCACGCACAACGCCACCUUCGAGGUGCAACUCGACGUUCGAGACGCCAACUCACCCGUGCUGAUCAAGUCCAGGGACGAGGAUGUCCACGUGCUGGCGGGCAUGCCGCAGCUUCUGGCCACCUCUCAGAACGAGGGCCCUUUCGUUCUGCAGGACGACUCGUUUGGAGAGCUGUUUGUGGAAGUCUCAGUUGAACCGGCUGGGACUCUUGGCAUCCUUCGAUCUGCUUGGCGAGACUGGGGUGGCCGUGUGAAUGUCACCUUCGACUUUCCGCCGGUCCAGCCAGACUACGGUUCCUUGGGCCAGGGAGACCUGACUCCGACCACCUUGGAGGGACGGCCUGCUUCCAAGCUCUCCUUCUAUGGGAUGGCGGUGUCCGUCGAAGCAGCACUCAGCAAUCUUAGCUAUACAGCACCGGAAGAAUUUGAAGGAGCUGCUCUCAUGAAGGUUCUGAUCCGAGAUGGGGAGUUUGUCCGAGAAGAGGGAAUAGUCAUCAAUGUCCAGCUGCCCCCGACAUCUUUGCAGGUCAUUUCGCAGGCCACGGCAUCCGUUGCAGCCACAGCUUCCACUCAGCACGACCUGAAUUCUUUGGGCUGCGGCUGGAACGUGGAGGAUGGGGCAGGUGCGAUGUCACCCGAGGUUGUCUACCAUUUGACGACCUUCGUUGUGGAUCCCCUGGCCUGUGCUGCUGUCCUCUUCGAGGACUGCGCAUCUCGGCCAGUGCAAGGUGGCCUUGGCGGAUCCUGUGCUCCAGACAUGCCCGAGCACUCGGCAGAGCAGGUUGAGUCUUGGGAGUCGACAGAAAGGGGCUACAAAAUCCUGCAUCUCCGCACGCCCAGUUUCAAGCUACUGCGGCAUCAUUUGCAACACUCUUUGAUCUUCCAUCCUUGCGGUUGUCCGGUCAACAGUCGGUUCGAGUGCAGUCAGACCAUCUACGUGGCAGUGGAGCGCAGGAAUCAGCAAGCGCCGGAAGUUGUGGAGGUGGCCGAGUCGAGCUGCCUCAUGACGGUCUCCGUAGCGCUGAGGGGGUCGUCCUUGGCUGUGGAUGAGGAUGGCGUGCUUCCCUUGGCCGAGCGCUUCUACAUCGAGGGGAAGUCUCCAAGCCCGUUCCAUUUCACGGCUUCUGCCGAGCUUGGCAACAUCUCCGCAGAGGGCACAGCAGGAAUGCAAGUCAACGGCAGCAAGUCGUUCUUGGAGGUGCGGAUGGAUUCUGUACAGGAUCUGCUGCAGUUGCUGGACGUUCGACAGGUCAGCUAUGUUCCGGUGCCAGAGUUUUGGGGUGAGGACAUGAUCUAUUUCCGUUUCGAGACCACCAUGAGUCCAAGUGUUGUGUCAGAUGUCGACACUACGACACACGAAUCCUCCUGGCUUGUGGAAGUCCGGCCUCAGCCCGACUUACCUAAAAUCGACGUCUACAACGGCAUCGAAGAGCGAGCGAUGGCAAACCAGCCACACCAUGUGAAUGCCAGUAUUCGUCAUGUGGACCUUGGUGCUGAGGCUGGAGCCGAGCAAUACUUGUAG